AUGUCACAUAACGAUUGGAAUAGUAGUUCGGCAACUACUCCCGAUGCUGAUGAUUUCAUAAUACCCGAUGAAGAAUUCGAAGAUUCAUCGGCUCCAGUCCCAAAAUCAACUCCUAAUACAAAUUCAUAUGGUACAAAUAGUAGUAGUAGUAAUACCAAUAAUAAUGCCAGUAAUAACAUAUUCAGUCAAUUUGGAUUCACUCCAAAAGUUGAUUUAUCAUCUACAUUUGCUCCAUUCACAUCUUCAGCCAACUUACCUGGUAAUAAUACCGUUAGAGAACGUCAAUAUAGUGGAGGUGAGACUUUAGAUGAACCAAUUUUGGAAACUUUAAAGAGAGAUGUAUUUCAAAUUGGAAGACGAUUAUUGAUUGUGUUAUGGCCUAUGCAAUUAUCUAAAUUAGCUAAGACUCAACAGCUGAGAUUAGUUGAUUUUGCCUCUGCUAAUGGAGUAAGAUUACCUGCACUGAUAAUUGCCAAUCGUUCAAAUGGUGGUGAAUUCGGAGAUGAUGAUGAAGAAGAACAAGAAGCUACUACUGGGAUUGAAUCGGGUGAUUUAAUAAAUGAAGGUAAUUUAGAAUGGGAUUUAUGGGGUCCAUUGAUCUUUUCAUUACUUUAUUCCGUUACUUUAGGAGUUACAGCUCAAAAUCAACAAACUAAUCUGGUAUUUUCAGGAUCAUUUUCAUUCAUAUGGUUAUUUUUCAUUGUGAUUGGAUUAAAUAUUCAAUUGUUAGGAGGAACCAUUUCAUUCAUGUCAGCCAUUAGUGCUGCUGGUUAUUCGAUGUUCCCUAUUGUAGUUGGAAGUUUAAUUAGUGCAUUAGUUAUAAAAUGGAAACUCCUUAGAUUAGGAGUAUUGAUAAUCUUAAAUAUUUGGAGUAUUUAUGUGGGUGUAUUAAGUUUAAAAUGUUCAGGAGUAUUACCUGGUCGUGUAUUGUUGGCUAUCUAUCCUGUUGCAUUGAUGUAUUCAGUAUUGAGUUGGUUAGUGGUUAUUACAUAG